GUAACACACAUUCAUUCUAUGCCUGGCCAUGGCAUUCUUUCUGUAAACCUUGCCUUGUCCAUAAGCAUUCCCCCACGUUCUUCUAAGGCUGCAGGUGAUGAAGGUAAGGUGCAAGCGAGGCUCUCUUCCCGCAAUCUCACCCAAGCAAUAGAGUCGCAACGUGAAAUCCAAUCCAAAAUUCAGCAACAACUUCUCAACCUCUCACCACGACACAUUCACACAAAGACCACGCAAUUACUUGGUAGCAAGGUAAUUUGUAGAUUCCUUGUACUACCACCUUUCACCAAAAGGCUCAAGCUAGACAUCUACACCACGCAUGGGGUCUGAUAUUUGUCAAACAAAGCUAGCCCCUUGUACACAACAGCAAUCACCAAACACCAACCCAUCGAUACAUUUCUCCGUACCCCUCACAAUUACACGAUGGCGGCACGAAAACUUCAGCAAGAAGUCGACAAGUGCUUCAAGAAAGUUACUGAAGGCGUGGCAGAAUUCGAAUCAAUCUACGACAAGAUAGAACAAUGCACAAAUGCUGCGCAGAAGGAGAAGUUGGAGGACAACCUCAAACGUGAGAUCAAAAAGUUGCAGAGGCUUCGUGAUCAAAUCAAGACAUGGGCUGCAAGUAAUGACAUAAAGGAUAAGGGUCCUCUGUUAGAUCACCGGAAAUUGAUUGAAACGCAAAUGGAGAAGUUCAAGGCAGUAGAGAAAGCUAUGAAGACAAAGGCAUAUUCGAAAGAAGGGCUAUCGGCGGCUGCGAAGCUGGAUCCAAAGGAGCGCGCGAAAUUGGAAACUGGGGAAUUCUUGGGCAGCAUGGUAGAAGAGCUAGAGCGCCAGAUCGAGACAAUGGAAGCCGAGCGGGAAUCAAUAUCAGCAACAAUGAAGAAGGGGAAAACUCAAAAUGCUAAGGCCGAUAGAAUAGCAGAGCUGGACAACUCAACGGAACGGCACAAGUUUCAUCAAAAUAAGUUGGAGCUCAUCAAACGCUGUCUGGAAAAUGGUACGGUCGAGAUUGAGCAAGUUAAAGAUCUCGAAGAGUCCAUCAAAUACUAUGUGACCGACAACAUGAACGAUGACUUCAUGGAGGACGAGGAAAUGUAUGAUGAGCUCAACCUUGAUGAGGAAGAAGAUAAUUACGGCAUGAAUAAUGAUAAUGAUCGGGUGUCAUCACAAGACACACAAUCGAUACAGGAGGAUGGACCAGAUGCAGAUCUACGAUCCAAUAGUUUAUCUGGGAAAUCGAAAGCAGGUUCAGAACCGCCUCUUGCUGCUGCACGAAGACCUUCUACGCAAUUAAAAAGUCCUCUCCCUUCCUUGGCCACUUUACAUACCCCUCUAUCGACUUUGUCAACAAAUGGAAGCUCAAGUAACCUUAUGAAACCAGCUGCGGUACCCACACGUGCCCCUGGGGAGACGUUGAAAUAUGCUUCGGCGGCGGCGGCGGCGGCUGCUAGUGAUAAGAACGGCCUUGCUCCUUUGCCCCCUCCACCCGAAACUCUACCAACUCCUACAACAUCAGUCAGUCACCCACCUUUAUCUGGAAGUGCUGGACGGAGACCUAGUGUAACGGCAUCUCCAACAACUAUACAUUCACAAACCGCAAGUGUCAAUCAGACACCUGUGACAAGGUCCAGUGUUCCAACUACGGAUACGCCAUCAAGUGCCCAAACUAAAUCUCCAGCUUUGAGUCAAUCAAGUGCUGCACCUAGUGGAGCAAGUGUGUCUCAUCCUGUUGACAAGACAGAGAAUACGAGGCCAAAUCUUUCCUCAAAUUCGUCAGGGAAGCAACCAGCCUUAUCCAAGACAGCAGAAGGCAAGAAAGCUGUUCCACCACAAUCAAAUGGUGUCUCAAAUGGGCUUAAGUCAAGCACGCCAGAGAAUACAGAAUCUGUAUAUCAUCUGCCUUCAGGUUUCCAGGACAUGCUUCAAUCUUUUGAGGUAAUUCAAAAGAGUGCCCCAGAUGUUUUAUCCACAGCAUCGCAGAGAAUGUUGGCAUCAUCCCAGGCUAGUGGUCCUGGCAUGUCAGACGUGUCGCCUCCUCGCAGCUACAAACCAGAAACCCCUUUCAAUACGCCAUCAUAUUACCCUCAAGACGUUCCGUCGGUGCUAGAUGACCCUAGGUUAUAUAACCGUAUAGAUGGAGAAACUUUGUUCUAUGUCUUCUACUACAAGCAAGCCACAUAUCAACAAUACCUUGCAGCUAGAUCACUAAAAGAACAAAGUUGGCGAUUUCAUAAACAAUAUCAAACUUGGUUUCAACGUCAUGAAGAGCCAAAGGAGAUCACUGAGCUGUAUGAGCAAGGAACUUAUCGUUUCUUUGAUUAUGAGAGCACAUGGAUGAACCGAAGAAAAGCGGACUUUAAGUUUAUCUACAAAUUCCUAGAGGACGAUGUAUGAAUAAUGCACUGGCGCCUAUGGUAUCUUUUGGUUGGAUGAUAUGUUGGCGCAGUGGGAAUUGCUCAACCAGUAUCUGGCUUGGGGAAAUGACCUUAGUUGUCUUAAUAGCAAAUACUCUUGCUCAUCUGGCUCGAUUCAGAUGAAGUUUCUUAACUGACCUGGCAAUGUUCCACAGAAAAUAAAAUUUUUGCUUGCUGUGAUCUA